GGUACAGCGGCAGGCAAUAGUGUAGAGCUGGGGACACUAUGCACUUAGUACUAUGUUCCGCUCUUUAGCGGUCCCGUUGUCCUCAAUAUGUCGGUAGUCGACCAUGGACAGGACUGCCGCUCACAAUGAAAUGAAAUAUAGCCAAGGUUGUCCCCUGUGGCAAUUUAAUCUUUCCUGUCGCUACUUUUUGGUCAAUUAAUUCCUCACAUUGAGUACGGCAAUAGGCGGUGCCUCCCCUUGCAAAGCUCAAUUUUCCAGCUUCCUGGGAAAAGAGGCAUAUUCGACAAUAUGCUGUCCCUGACUACAUCCAUUUUUGGUCUCUUAGCUGCCGUCCCGCUGGUAGCAGCGGGCUCAUCACCAAAUGUUCUCUAUAAAGACGUUGUGGUUGUGGGUGGCGGUGCCUCCGGUGCCUACGCUGCCGUUCGUAUCCGGGACGAUUUUGGCAAGAGCAUCGCCCUCAUUGAGAAACAGGAUAUUUUGGGUGGCAUGGUCGACUCGUACACCGACCCCAAGACCGGCAAGCCCUAUAACUUCGGUGUAAUGACCUUCCUCGAUGCUGGAAACGCGACGGGCUUCUUCGAUCGCUUUGGCAUUGAGGUUGGAUCUCCAUCAAUGGUCAGUGUCAACACGGAGUAUAUUGACUUCAAGACCGGAAACCCCGUCAACUUCACGCUGCCGCCUAUGGCGGACCAGAUGGCGGCCAUGGCCAAAUUCCUCGAGAUUGUGGAGCCAUGGGAACAUCUGAUGCAACCUGGCUACGGCAACUUCCCGGAGCCAGGUGCAAUCCCGGAGGACCUUCUGAUCCCCUACGGCGACUUUAUCACCAAGCAUGGUCUGGAAGCCGCUGUCCCUCUGAUGUAUGAGUCUACCGGUCUGGGGCUGGGCGACAUGACCAAGGAAACUACCAUGUUCGUGCUGCAGGGUUUCGGUGCCUCCAUGGCGCGUGCGAUGGUGGGCAAGCAAAACCAACUCGCGCCCGCAUCGGGUCGCAAUCAGGACCUGUACGAUGCCAUCGCAGAAGAUCUCGCCGGCGACGUCCUGUACUCCAGCACCGUGAUUGAGAGCCACCGCAGCAACUCCAGCGUCAUCCUUACCGUCAAGAACCACAAGACGGGUGAAACCACCCGGAUCCACGCUCGCCGUCUCUUGCUCGCCAUCGAGCCCACUGCAGCCAACAUGGCCCCGUUCGACCUGGACCGCAAUGAAAAGAACGUCCUCUCCCGAUUCACCUACACCAACGAGUACACCGGAAUCGUGAACAACGCCGCCUUCGCCGUCAACCAAUCCUAUUUCAACCUGCCCCCGACAGCUGCGCCGAGCAACUACCUCGCCCUGCCCGACACGUCCUUCACCGCUCGCAUUGACUACAUCGGCGGCGACGACCUCUUCCGAGUAACCAUUGUCGGCAACAGCACUCUCGACACUAAGGGUGCCAAGAGACUGGUCCAGAACGACUUCAACACACUGCUGCGUUCAGGCCGCUUGGCGAAAACGAGCAACGGGGAGCCGCUCAGCUGGGUGGACUUUGCGACCCACGGUCCCAUGCAUGCGCGGGUUUCAGUCGCCGAUGUCAAGGCGGGCUUCUUCCAGAAACUGAACGCGUUGCAGGGUGGUCGGUCGACCUGGUGGACUGGUGGUGCUUUCUCGGUUAACUUCCAGACGACGUUGUGGGAGUUUGAUGAGCUCCUUUUCCCGGAGCUUCUUAAGGGGCUGAACUAAAGGAUACGUGGAAUUGUGAUGCAGGUUGUCACGAGUGCAUGCAAGACAUCUAGUUUCUGUGUCAGAUAGCUUCAUGUUGUAUAGUAUUAGGCUAGCUAAUUGCAUAAUUGUGGUGGAUAGGGGGAAUGAUAUGUAUAUAGUAUGUUCAAUGCAAAGUUCAG